ACUUUCACUUAUAAGAUGAUUGAUAACAUUUUCAUUUCCGCCGAUGUGUUCAUCAGUACGGGUAAAUCUACGGCCAACCCUUGCCCUAUCAUGCUCUACAUCCAUGCUGGUGGCUGGACCGGCGGUAGCCGUGCCAACUUCAGCACCCCUCUCUUUAUGGAAUUUCUGAAACGUGGAUUUGUGGUUGUAUCGAUUGAUUACCGA